UUACUUAGAUCCCGGAUGUAAAUAAAGUCUUGAAGAAUGAAAAACGGAAGAUUAAUAAUUCACUGAAAAGGUCGUUUAAAUCUGGUUUCAAUUUUAUGUUUUAAACGCAUUGCUAUUCACUUUAAUUUCUCAUGUUCAGAAAUGAUCACUCUACGACUCGUGAUUCUUGGACUACUAAUAAGGGUGGUGAAUGCUGGUUUCUGUACAACAUCAUUCGAUUGUCAAGUAACAUGCACAAUUACUCAGACAUAUUAUUAUAGCUGUGGUUUCCUUUGGGCUGGCUCAUGUGCAGCAUACAGACUUGCCUACACGCAAUGCCCAGGUACCUGUUACAAAGAUGAAUGUUGUUCCGGUUAUACAGGCGCGAGUUGUGACAUACCUCUCUGUGAUGGUUCAACAACGUGUCCGAACGGUGGCACGUGUAUUUCUCCUGACGAGUGUAGCUGUCCCACUGGCUUUUCUCCGCCUGCCUGUGCUGAUACUAAUGAGUGUGCCGGUUCAUCGCAUGGAUGUGAACAUGAGUGUAGAAACACCGACGGCUCAUACACGUGUACCUGCAGGGAAGGCUAUGUGAGAAACCCGGAUCUUAAGACUUGCACUGAGGACUGUGGGCUUCCUGGAAACAUAACCGAUGGCACUGUAUCCUUGACAUCAACCUUACUGGGCGGCAUAGCGACCUACACAUGUAACCAACAUUAUGAUAUGGCCAGCGGAGAUGAAGUUCGACAAUGUCAAAGUGAUUUUUCCUGGAGCGGCCAAGAACCUUCAUGCAAAUUAGCCAAUCACUGUGAGAGUUCACCGUGUUUAAACGGUGCGACCUGUAUCAGUCUUAUUGGCAGUUUUCGAUGCGAGUGCAAAAAUGGCUGGGAUGGAGAAAUAUGCGAUAAUGAUAUCGAACCUCCAAUGGUGACCGGAUGUCAUGAAGAUAUUCAUGUCAAUGCCACAGAGCAAACCAUUGAAUACAGCUGGACUGAACCCCAGUUCUCUGACAGUAGAGGGUCUGCCCUAGAUAUUGUGUCCAACUAUCCAACUCCAGUGUUCACCUUUCCAUGGGGUGAUUUUUCGGUACAAUACGUUGCAACAAAAAUCACCAACGGACUGAGAACAGAGUGUUCGUUUAAGAUCAAAGUAAGACCAACACCCUGUGAACCUUUAAAUGUUCCUAUUAACGGAGCACGGUUAUGUAACGGGUGGCAAACGGACUAUGGCAGAUUCUGUAUGAUCAUGUGCCAGCAGAACUUCACGAUUGGUCCAUCCUUCAGCUAUAGCAUGUGGUAUGUGUGUGGCGCCUCUGGUAAUUGGAUCGCCGCCAGUCCUGUACCAGACUGCCAAGUUCCUGUCGACUCAGAGAACGAGGGUUUGUUCUAUCACCCAGAAUACGCUGGCUACGUGUUUACGCCAUCUUGUCAAGAUCAAGUCACGAAAAGCACGUUGCAAAAUCUAUAUAUAGAAUAUUUGAAUGGCACUUCUGGAUUUACUUCGUUUUGUACAACUUAUGGCAACGAAUGUGUGAAAGAAAAUGUGGAUGUUCAAUGUUAGAGGUCAUAAUAUACAUUAUGUGUAUAAUUUUACAGCGACUAACAUUGUUAUAAACUUGAAAAUUUCAACAUUUUGUUCUUUGUCCAAGACUUGUAUAUCAUCGAUAAAUAAAAUUUACUUUUGAUAAAAUAAAAAAGGUAUAGAUCAGUUUGAGGUAUAAUAACUUCCUGGAUAAGUAUAACAAUUCAUAAUUCCUGAUAUUAGAUUUUUUUUGUAUUUUUUUAUUUUCUUAUAACGUUCAUUAAAUUGAAAUAGGUCGCUUUGUUUCCUUAUGUGUACAUUACUUUUGUUUGCUUUAACAUUACUAUGCUGUAGCCCCCAGGAAAUUGUAGUUCGUGAUUAAUGUAAAUUUAAACUUUAUGUAAAUUAUAUAUAAAUUCUCGUUGGUGUACAUUUUUGUUUAGCCCAUUAGGUAUUG